CGUUCAUUUCGGUCAUUCAUAGAGAGACCAACAAAAAAGGCAAGUGUUCGUCACCGUCGCUGCCGUCGCUUGUCGCCAUCGUCGUCACCGUUCGUGGUCGUCGUCGUUGUCGUAUUUUUGGCCUUAAACCUUCCCUGCUGUCCCCAGUACACAAGCACCUGCCUCCACGAGCUACCGGCCACAGAAUGUCCGACGACAAGAAGAAACGCAUUUCGUACUGGUACUUCGGUGGGUUGGCUAGUGCUGGAGCGGCCUGCUGUACCCACCCGCUGGAUCUGUUGAAGGUCACGUUGCAAACGCAGCAGGAGGGAAAGAUUUCGCUGCUCCAGCUCACGGGCAAGGUGGUUCGUACGCAGGGCGUGCUAGCACUGUAUAAUGGCCUUUCAGCGUCGCUGUUGCGUCAGCUGACGUAUUCAACGACACGUUUCGGAAUUUACGAAGUUGGCAAGCAAGCGAUGGGCAACGACUCCGGAUUCCUGGGCAAGGCGGCACUCGCAGGAGCUGCCGGAGCUGCUGGCGGUUUCGUCGGUACCCCAGCCGACAUGGUGAACGUUCGAAUGCAAAACGAUAUUAAGUUACCGGUCGAACAACGACGAAACUACAAAAAUGCCGUCGAUGGUUUGUUCCGAGUGUAUCGUGAAGAGGGCUUCGCAAGGCUCUUCUCCGGCGCAUCUACUGCCACAUCGCGUGCCGUGUUUAUGACCAUCGGUCAGCUUUCGUUCUACGAUUUGGUGAAGGAUUUGCUGUUAAAAUCUGGUCAUUUUGGCGAUAAUCUCACCACCCACUUCCUGUCCUCGCUAACGGCGGGUGCGAUUGCUACCACACUAACACAACCGCUGGAUGUGCUAAAAACGCGUGCCAUGAACGCAAAGCCGGGCGAGUUUAACGGCAUCUGGGAUAUUGUGCGCUUCACCGCACGGCUCGGUCCGCUCGGGUUCUUCAAGGGAUACGUGCCGGCCUUUGUGCGACUGGGGCCGCACACCAUCCUUACAUUCGUCUUCCUGGAACAACUGCGCAUGAACUUUGGCUACUUGAAGCCUUAGGCGCAAGCAUCGCCAACCUAAGUAUCGAACACAGACUCCUGCUAUCCACUAAACAAUUACCGGUUACGGGUUACCGUGAGCUUUUAGAGCAAUUUUGACACAUUCCACUAACGAACAAGGAGUCACACUCAAACUGGAGAUCGUACGCAUUACCGCAAAACGGACGGUAUCGAACUUGUUAUGGGUAGAUAUAUUUUUUGUUUUUCUUUUAAUUUGCAAACAUAGGAUUUUGCGGCCACUCACAGAGCGGUGCGAAACGUAAGAAGGGAUAGCUUUAGUGAGAUAAGAAAGCAGCGCAAUAAAUAUUUAUCAC